AUGAAGCUUCGAUCGCUUCUCGCGGCGGGCUUGGCGUCUUGGCCCGUCUACCUCGCCGUGGCAGCCCCCAUUGGACCCACGGGCCCGUGUCCGCAUUCCAAGGUUGAUGCGAUCCUCAAAGGCGACCUGGACCCUUCGGCGUGCUGCUCGUACGGCAAGUGUUUAAAGGACGUGGUCAUCUCUGUUGGUGACUGA